AUGGGGAAUAAUCAUUUUUUAAGUGGAGCUGAUGAGAAAGUUGCUAGAGUGUUCGAAGCCCAGUUAUCCUUUUUGAAAAGAUCAAGUAAUGCUACUUUGCAGAAGUUUUUUUAUUCUGAUGCUGAUAUUGAAUUUUCCCUUACGGUUUUCUGGUGUGUGUUACCUUACAAAAAAUUAAUUGUUUCCGACUUGCUUCCACCAAGAAAUUGGUACACAAUAGCAAUUGAAAUCAAAGUUGUAAGUGCAUUUACUAGUCCAUCACUACCACCAAAACCUUCAUAUGUUAAAUCACACAAUGGUAUGAUUAAGUCAAUAAGGGUCAAAGUACAAGUGUAUGAUAGAGUGAUUGGUAUUAAAAAAGACCGUACUUCAAAUGUCAUGGCCAAAUCUAUGAGGUAUUUCAUGACAAGUCUCUGGUACUUUCGAGAUGGUCAUUAUGGUGAUGCCUUAAGACUCUUUGAAGAUAUAAAGAGCUCUGGUGUGAGAUCUAAUUCUGUUAUCCAUUGUAUUAUACUCUCUUCUUAUGGUCAUGUAGGAAAUUUAAGGUAUGGAAGAACAAUUCAUAAGUUAAUUAUAGGUAAUGGUCUUGCUUUGAAGUCUUAUAUACAAGUUGUUCUCAUUAAUGUGUAUGCAUAUUGUGGGAAAGUGGAGGUGGUUGAUGUAUGCAAAUUGUGGUGCAAUGGAGUUGGUCGGGUAAAUAUGCUUUCUGGUUUGGCAAAACUUGGAAUGGUUAUUGCUUGUGAUGUUCGUUACAAGUCAAAUCGAGUUUUCCCUGAAUAUCAUCCUGCUUCUAGUUCAACGUUUUUUCCUUCACUGCACUCUAAUUCCCACAUGAAGGUCCUUGAAAUGAGCUAUAAGGAUAUUGAAAACUCUAGUUUUGAAUCACAUUCAGUUGCCUCUCCUAAACUCAUUUUAAACAAUGACAAUAUUACAAUGGUAGCUAAUAAUGAUAAAGUCAUUGCUGUGUUGAUUUAA